UUUCCACAGCGAGGUGGCCCGGCUGGAGGACAGCCUGCACAUGGCGGAACGACAGCUGCUUCGAGUGCUGCGGGGCGGCUCCGGGACCCGCUCUCUCUCUCUGGCAAAGCAGGGGUUGCAGCGCCCGCCCCGGGGCUUGGCCAGCCUCAGCAACCUGGAGCGCCUGAGCCUGCGGGACAACCGGCUGUUCCGUCUCUCCCACGAAAUGGCGGCCCUGAGCCGGUUGAAGGUACUAAAUUUGGGAAAUAAUAAUUUUGAGGAAGUUCCAGAGCAAUUGAAAUACCUCAUGUCUCUGCAAAAGCUUCAUUUGUUUGGAAACAAGAUCACCAAAAUAUCACCCUUAAUAUUUGAUGAAUUGAAGAAUUUAGUACUUCUCAAUCUGAACAAGAACCAACUAAGUUAUCUUCCUCCAGAGAUUGGCAGGCUUCAAAAUUUGGAAUGUGUGAGUUUAGAGAAAAACAAACUGGAAAAUAUUCCCAAAGAAUUUUGUUGCCUUCGGAAUUUGCGUGAACUUCACUUAUCCCACAAUUUCAUCACCACAUUGCCUGAAGAGAUCAGACAACUGACAAAACUCACGAUCUUGAUUUUGUCAAGAAAUAAAAUAGCAUACCUCCCUGAUGGAAUCUGCAAGCUGAAGAGACUUAAGGUUCUUGACGUUGCAGGAAAUAAUAUUCAGAUUUUUCCCAAAGCAAUGGGAUAUCUUCAGCUUGAGGAACUUUACUGUGAAGAUAAUCCAUUGCUUCAGAAAAAUCCAGUUAGUGCCAUACAAGAAGAGGACAUUCUUACUCUUAAGGAAGUAACAGCAAGAUUUAUUUUCACUCAGUUGGAAAACAGAAACCAUCUUCUAUACACAGCAAUAAAAAAAAACUUAGAAGCCCAGAAUUUGCUUUCUAAGAGGCAAAAAUGUGCUCAGUGUGGACACAGCUUUCUGAGUAUGUGGCUAGAAUGUGUGCAUUUCAUAGAUGUAAAACAGCAAAUGAAGACAAGCAAAAACUUGCAACUUUUACCUGUCAGGUCACUACUAUGUUCAUACAAAUGUUUUCAUCACCGUGACCAUGGACUCUUUGGAAUCGCUGUACCAUAG